UCCUAUAAAACGAUAGGCUCCCAUUCGCUGAAGGCACAGUCAAUCGACAACAGUUCAGCAGUUCAGCAGAAAAGCGUAAGCUUCGCAAUUGGAUAACCCUCAACUUAAGCAAGGAAUCUCUCAGAAUGAAGGUGAGGGCGUCUAAAUCGAAAGAGGGAUUUUUGAAAUUAUUAGAAAUUUUUAAUCUGCAGUACUUCGUGUGCAUCUUGGCCGUGGUGGCUGUGGCGCAGGCCGGUCUGCUGCCCCAUGUGGAUAGCCAUCAUGGCUACCACCAUGAGGAACUGCCGCAUCUGCUGGACGCUGAGAUCCAUCAUUCGGACGGCAUCCACCUGGGACACAGUGCCGCCUUGGUGCACGACGACCACCACUUCAACCACCACCUGGAUCACCACUUGGACCACCACCUGGUGGAGUCGCUGCCAACCACUGUGUACCACCAUGAGCCGCUGCACUACCACUACGCUCGUCUGCAAGCCGCUCCGGUGGUGCACCACCACCACCAUGACACCCACGCCGCCGUGGUGCAUCACAGUAUCCCAGCCCACUUCGAUGUCCACAGCCACUCGAACCUCCUAUCCUUCGCCAAGCACGCCCUGCACGGAAAGUACGGAAAGGUCAGGAUCACCGAGACCCACUACUGAGAGAUGCCACAAAGAUCCAUUGUCCAUAAAACCUCUGACUAGCCAAAUGCUCCCUACGACUCUUAAUUUAUUAAGUCAAUAGUUAAGCUUGCGAAAAAUAACUCGAUUGAACGGGUGACAAGUUGAAAAGAUAAGCUCAGGAUUUUUGUAAAAAUAAAUACCUAAGUCAAUUGUUAAUACAGA